AAAAAAAAAGUGUUUCUCAACUUGGAGAAGCUUAGCCAAACAAGCUAUUAAUCAUCUCUAUGUUACCACUUUUGAAGAAAUGCUUUUAUUUGUCUUCCUCAGAUGCUGAACAUUCUUGCACAAUAUGGAAUUCCCAUGGAAGGUCCAAGUCCCCUUCUAAUUCAUCGACAAAUUGAAGCGUUGAAACAUGCAUUUGCACUGAAGAUGAACCUCGGCGAUCCAGAUUUCAUCAACAUAAAAAGCGUCAUAGACGAUAUGCUGUCAACUGAAUUUGCAAAACAGUUGAAGAAGACCAUAUAUGACAACAUGACUUUCAAUCCCAAUCACUAUGGUGGCAAGUGGAAUCAAAUACAUGAUCAUGGUACCAGCCACAUGUCCAUUGUGGACAGUGAUCGAAAUGCUGUUUCGAUGACUAGCACUGUAAACGCUUACUUUGGUGCAAAAUAUCUAUCACCAAGUACAGGGAUAGUUCUUAACAACGAAAUGGAUGAUUUUUCAAUUCCUGAAAAACGUUCCGAAAAUGUUCCACCGCCAGCACCUGCAAAUUUUAUCCGUCCGGGCAAAAGGCCAUUGUCAUCAAUGACACCUACCAUUGUUCUCAAGGGUGAACAACUGAGAGCGGUUAUUGGCGCAAGUGGAGGAGCAAUGAUUAUUGCUGGUACAACUGAGGUUUUUCUGAAUCACUUUGCAAGGGGAAUGGAUCCCUUCUCUUCUGUAAUGGCUCCAAGAUCUUACCAUCAGUUGAUUCCAAAUGUACUACAAUACGAGAAUUGGACAAUUGUAACAGGUGACCACAUAGAAGUUCCAGCAAAAACAAGAACUUCCCUGCAAAAGAAGGGCCAUAUCCUGCAAAGUAUAGCUGGAGGUACAAUUUGUCAGUUUGUUGUUCAGGAAUUCAAGUCAUCAAAGUUAGGGGAGCUUGUAGCUAUAAGUGAUCCAAGGAAGGGCGGAUUUCCCUCUGGCUUUUAGAUGUACAAUGUCGCGGAAGCGGAGCUAGGAUUUGAACCUUAUGGGCUCUGGAGUAUAAUUCUUUUAAGUUACUAGGUUCUAAAUUAAUAAUUUGUGCAUAUUCAUUGGAUUCGUUAAUAUAAAUAUAGGGUUUGAACAAAAGUUACUGGGUUCGCCAAACCCGCAACCGACACUGUGGCUCCGCCCCUGCAAUGUCGGACAAGGAGUUGUCGCUACAAAAGGAUCCUACGACGAAAGCCUAUAUGAAAGCCGUAGCUAGAAGGAUGAGUUACUAUUUAGAAGCUCUGAUCAAAGGCGGAGCGCGGAGCUAGGUUCAGGCAAGGGGGUUCAUAAAAGAAGAUUUUAGUCUGGUCGCAAAGAUGGUUCAAAAACUGCUUUAGGUCACAGGUUCAAAUCCUAGUUGUGACAUUCUAGUAAUUUCUUGUAUCCCCUGAUAUGAAUUUCUUUGCCAAAUGCCAAUAAUGACAGACAUAUCAAACUCAUAACUGAUCAAAUUUUCACCUUUGAACUCCUCCUA